AUGUUAACAAAUAGUAGUACAGACUAUAUUCUCGAAAAUACUUUGAAAGAAAUCUUGUCUGAUGUAAUUGUUUUGUAUUUAAAUUAAAGAUGCUUUAAUUACUUGAAUAGAAUAUAAGAUCAGAAGUAGAGUUGCAACAGAUACAAGAUCAUCUAUAGGAUUAUGAGAAUUUAUAAUAAUUAGCAGAAACAAUGAAGUUUAUCUUUCAGGCUUUAAAAAAGAAAUUUAAAGAUAAUAAUUAUUCAUAGAAAUUUUUCAAAUGUGAACCAAAAACAUAAAAUUAUGAGAAAUUAGAAUAAGCAGUUCAAAAAUAUGAAUAAGAAAUAAGAAUACACAUUAGAGUAUGAUUAAUUGGUAUAUAAAUUUAGUUAGGCUUAACAUGAGAUGAAAAUAUUCAUUGAAACAAUUUAAUAAUAAUUAGAAGAAUCUGAAUAAAUUAGAAAAGAAUAUCUUAAAGAAACAACUUAAAUGAUAUAAGUAAUAUAUGAUUUUAAUUAUUUAGAAACUAAAAAAAGAGAAUUAUAAUUUGAUUCAAUAAUUGAAGUAUUAUACUUAAACAUAUAAAUAAUAAACAGCAUUAAAUUCUAGAAGGGAUAGUACAUAAACUAUAAAUUAACCAUUAUAAAAAUAGACAUCAAAAUCAAAUCAUUUAGGCAAUGAAUCAGGAAAAUAAGAGUAAUUCAAUAAUAGUUAAAUAAUGAAACUGCAAUAGACUUAAAACAAUAGUUUAAAUGAAUUAUUAAAAAAUAAAGAGUCCUAAAAAUCCUUAACUUAGCGACCCCUUAUAUCAAAGUAAUUAUUUAUAUUCAUAAUUUUAAGUCGAAAUAAAAGUUAUUCUGUAGGAAUAAGCAAAUAGAACUUAAUUAAUAGUAGCUUAAUUUAAAAAUUGAUAUAGGAAUAAACAUCAAAAAGAAAGAGUUUACAUGCAGAAAGUCAUAGAUCUAAAGGAUGUUGA